AUGUGGCAAAUAUGUAUUCCUGUAACUAUGGAGGUUGCAAGUGACUUGCUAGACAGACAAGGUCCCAUCUAUAGGGAAGACACUGCAGUUUUUGUUAGUCAGUCAGGGGAGACAGCAGAUACCCUCCUUGCUCUUGAUUAUGCACUAGAAAACGGUGCCCUUUGUGUUGGCAUAACAAAUACUGUUGGAAGCACGCUGUCGAGAAAAACACACUGUGGAGUUCAUAUCAAUGCUGGUUGUGAGAUUGGUGUGGCCAAUACCAAGGCAUAUACAAGUCAGAUAGUAGCCAUGGCGAUGAUGGCUUUGGCUAUUGGAUCUGAUCAAAUAUCCACUCAAGCUAGAAGGAAUGCUAUCAUCAGUGGACUUACCAGUCUUCCAAAGUAUGUUGAUGAAGUUCUCAAACUUGAUGCUGAAAUGAAGGAGCUUGCCUCUUCCUUGAUCGAAUCAGAGUCCCUCCUUGUGUUCGGAAGAGGUUAUAACUAUGCCACUGCAUUAGAGGGCGCCCUCAAAGUUAAGGAGGUCGCACUGAUACACAGCGAAGGCAUGCUUGCUGGUGAGAUGAAACAUGGACCGCUGGCACUGGUGGAUGAAAACCUUCCCAUCAUUGUCAUUGCGACACGCGAUGCAUGCUUCAGCAAGCAACAAUCAGUAAUCCAGCAGCUACUUUCCCGCAAGGGGCGCCUGAUAGUGAUGUGCUCAAAGGGAGAUGCGUCUGCCGUAAGUCCUAAUGGGUCCUGCAGGGUUAUUGAAGUUCCAGGGGUCGCGGAUUGUCUCCAACCUGUGAUUAACAUAAGUCCACUACAGUUGCUUGCAUACCAUCUGACUGUUCUCCGUGGAUUCGAUGUGGACCAACCAAGGAACCUGGCGAAGAGUGUAACCACACAAUAGGUAGGGGUAGAGGAGAUGGGAGGCGUGUAUCCCUAUGUUGUAUCGAGCAGGGUUUUAGGUUAGCGCCAUUUUGCUUAGUGUAAUUAUUUAUUAUUAU